AUGAAUCAAUCAUUUGAUAUCACUCUGAUUUUCACUACUUACCAAUCUAUUGGCCCUCAAAAGUAUGUCUAUUUUACAAUUAUUUCAGCAUUCUACAUUGCCUCAGUAUUUGCUAACAUAUUCUUAAUGCUUGUUAUAAUCUGGGAGUCCAGACUUCACCAGCCUAUGUGCAUCUUCCUGUUUAAUCUGACCUGUAUCGGACUAAUUAGAAGCACUGCAGUUUGGCCCAAAGUGAUGAAAAACCUUCUGUCUGACAAUCAGACGAGUUCCUAUGAGGGUUGUUUGUGUCAGGUGUUUAUAGUCUGUGUUUAUGCCACUGGUACCUACUCUGUUCUAACUGUGAUGGCCUAUGAUCGUUAUGUGUCCAUAAUCUACCCUUUACAUUAUCAUACAAUAAUAAUGACACCACAAAAGGUGAAACAAUUAUUGGCUGUGAGUAAUUUUGUUCCCAUAUGCUCUGUAUCUGGUCAGGUAUGUCUAACAUCACGUGUGCCGUUAUGCAGACAAAGCAUCCAUAAGUUUUACUAUGAAAAUAUCUCUGUCUCCAAGCUAUCAUGCGUCACCAGCUCCUUGUUCCGUGUGAGUAGCCUAUAUGGUGUUUGCGUGUUUGUACUUUCUGUUGUUUUUAUAGCAUUUUUUGUGCUGCUUUCAUACAUCCGAAUAAUUGCUGUGAGUUUGAAGGCAUCACAUGACACCCAGAGGAAGGUCAUUUCUACCUGUUUCAUCAAUUUCUCUAUGAGCUCUCUCUUCUCCAUUAUUUACAAUCAGUUUGUUUUUGUCUCGGAGGACAUGCACAUGUUCCUGUCCUUCCAGUUUGUUCUGAUUCCACCUCUUUUACACCCGAUAAUUUAUGGCAUCAAAAACACAGACAUCAGGAAAUGUUUCAUUAGAAAUAUGAGAUCUGUUUGGUCAUACAUCACUUCUUAUGACAAAUCAAAGCAUAAACCAUAA